CGCCGCGGUGCCGCGAUGUUCCCCGCCUGCUGCUGCGCCGGCAAGGCCAGGCCGCGCCUGCUGCUGCCCCUGGACCCCUACGGCCAUGGGCUGCUGCCCGCUGUGCACCCGGACGGCGGCCGGGGCCGGGCCCACGGCAAGAGGAAGAGCUGGAACUUCAUCCACGAGAAGAUGAGCUACGACACCUUCUUCACCAUGAAGCGGCUGAUCGAGCGCUCUCGCAGCGUGGGCGAGGUGCUGCGCUGGGUCACGCAGAACCCGGGCAAGGUGUCGGCCAGUCACUACCCCAUAGCGCUGCACAAGCUGGGGCAGCUCCUGCAGCAGCAGCCGGGGCCGCCCGCGGGGGCCGGGGACGGGCGCGGGCCCGCGGGGCAGGUGCUGGAGCAGCCCGAGUUCCACGUGCUGUGCCAGGCCAUCGUCAGCGGCUGCGCCAAGUUCGACAACUUCAGCAUCGUCAACUGCCUGUACGCGGCGGCCGCGCUGGGGCUGCCCGGGGAGUCGCCACUGGUGCGGGUGCUGGAGGACGAGUCCCGCAGCCGCCUGGGCCGCUUCAACCAGAAGGACGUGUCGAUGGUGUUCAGCAGCGUGAUGCGGCUGCACCCCUCCAGCCCGCACCCGCUGGUGGAGUCGUGCCUCAGCAGCCUGGAGCGGCACCUGGAGAAGGAGCGGCACCCCCAGACCCUGUUCCUGCUGCUCUCCUACUACCGGCUGCGGGCGCAGGCGCUGCAGGGCCACGCGGCCUCCGACCAGCAGCUCAUCAACAACCGCAAGAUCCUGCGCCUGGUGCGGCACACGCUGGGCCAGGUGAGCGCCAUGAGGGAGCACGAGCUGGCGCUGCUGGACGAGAUGCUGGCCCUGUGUGCCCAGGAGGCCAACAACAAGGCCCUGGAGGCCAUCUUCAGCUCCCAGCUCUUCUACGAGAACCGGCAGGAGCGCUUCAUUCGCAGCAUGGCAGAGUGGCUGCCCCGGAAGGCAGAGAACCUGACCCCCUACACCAUGGCCCUCAUCGCCAAGUAUGUGGCACGGCACCGGCUGCGUGAGCCACGCCUGCUCGACACCAUCGCCAACUUCCUGCUGAAGCGCGGCGAGCAGCUCGACAGCAAGGUGAUCCAGAAGUUGGUGUUUCCCUUCAGCCGAAUGAACUACCGCCCCUCCAACCACGGCGAGCUCUUCCCCAAGCUGGAGGCCAUCCUGGAGCAGAAGGCCGGCAGCUCCCCCCUGGCCACCGUCAACAUCCUCAUGUCCAUGUUCCAGCUCAGCCACUUCCCGCAGACCGUCCUGCACCAGGUCUUCUCCCCAGGCUUCAUCACCAAUGUCAUGAGCAGCCCGUACGCGCUGAUCGUGCGCCGGUACCUGUCGCUGCUGGACGCGGCCGUGGAGCUGGAGUUCCGCGAGUACAGCGGCCCCCGGCUGGACCCGCGCUACCGGGUGCUCAUGUUCGAGCACGCCCUGACCGCCGACGAGGCCAAUAGAAAGUACAGCUACAAGGGGCUGGUGGCCGAGGCCCUGCGGCAGCUGGUGGGGGAGGAAUGCUACCGGCAGGACGAGGUGCUGCCCCCUGGGUACUGCACAGACUUCCUGCUGUGGAUCAACCGCUCAGGCACGGUGCUGCCUCUCUCCCGCGUUCCAGCAGCUUCCAGGGCGCCCCCAGCCACGUCCCCUGUCACCAUGUCCCUGCGCUCCAGCGUGCUCGCCCUCACCUCAGAUUUGCAAGACUUUGCCCCGUUUGCUGCAGAGGCGCCCAGCAGCCCCCCAGGCCCCCGGGAGGGCAGCCGGGCCGGGCGGUUCCUGCCGGCGCUGUGCCCGGCCCCGGGGGGGCCCUGCUUCCAGCCCCCCUCGGACUAUUACUGCGGGCUGAGCAAGGAGCCCUCCCUGGCCAGCCCGGGCAGCUCCACGCUCAGCAGCCCCUCCGAGUGCCUCUCGGCGCCGCCGCCCGGCACCCCCGACUGCUCCCCGCGCGCCUCCGCCACCUCCCUCUUCCAGUUCCCCAUCGGCAAAAUCCUGGAGGAGGAGGAGGAGGUGGCCGGCUGCCCCGGCCAGGAGCAUGGCUGCUUCCAUGGGGAGCAGGCCCAGGAGCAGCCCGAGGAGCGCAGCCCCCCAGCCAGCGAGGACGCCGGGCCCUCGCCGUGCCGGCCCAGCCCCAAGCGGGGCCCACAAGAAGGGCCGCAGGGAGCCGAGGAGAUCCAGAGGGUGGUGCUGUCGGUCAAUGACAAGUGGCACUACUGCCAGAACUCCGACAUCCUGGUGGGCUCCCGGGCCAUGCGGGACCGGCACCUGCGGCUGCUGGGAUACUGUCUGGUGCAGCUGCCCUACACGGAGCUGGAGAAGGUGAGUGGCAUCGAGGAGGCCAAGCACUACCUGCGGCAGAAGCUGAGGGAGCUACGCUUCUGAGGGACGGAUCCGGGGGGUGUGGGGGGCCAGGUGGGUGCUGCCAGCCCCUUCCCCUGUGCCGGGGGAUACGGAGCUGCCCCCCAUCCCGGGGGGUCGGGGGAUAUGGAGAUGCUCCCCAUCUUGGGGAGCCAGGCUGUGGGGCCAGGCUGUGGGCACUGCUCCUCCUGUGGGGCUGGGGGAGUGUGAGAUUAUUUAUUGCCGUUAUGGGGGGCUGGGG